AUGAUACGACUUCAGCAGCAUAGUCUUCCUACUUGGGCCCAGCGUCCCGGAGCCUACAGUGGGGCACCAGGUGCUGACUAUGAGCAUGUUGCUGCUGUGAGCUAUGGCAAUUUGGGCAGUUCCCAGCUGGAACAUGGAUUUUCUAUGCACACAACUCGUGAUCCCCCUGAACAACCGCCUCGAGCGAGAGGUGAUAUUGAAUCUGCCGAUCAGAUGCCACAAAGAAAGGGCAGUGGUGGAAAGUUCCUAGGCUGGAACAAGAAGGCAACUGUUGCAGCUGCUGUGCUGUUGGCGAUCAUACCGGUAGCGAUUAUCAUUUCCGUGAGCGUCUCGCUUGCCACCGGUGGCAGCGACAAUUGGCAAGAGACUGGAUUUCUUGAUCCAGCUACAAGCGUAGACGCUGGCACAAGCAACGGCUACAACGAAACAGUUGAGGACCAUUGA